AUGACACUUCUGAAUGAAAGCGGUCCAUGGGUUGUGGAUAGAAAUUUUUCCAGCGAUUCAGCAAGUACCUCGGGAGAUGUUGAAGCGAUGGAACUUGCGCAUGAAGAUGCUCCAGUUGUUUGUGCUAACAACGCAGAACAACAAGAAGAAAGUAUGGCAACUGGUGUAGAAACACAAACAGAAACAUUUGAUUAUUUAUAUCGAAAAACUGUCGGAUGUGAAGCGCCCAACAAGGACGCUGAAACCCAAACAGAGGCAUUCGAUUAUUUAUAUCGAGAAACUGGCUGUUUAGAAGCGCCUGACAAGGACGCUGAAACCCAGACAGAAGAAUUUGACUAUCUUGUCCCUAAAAGUAGCGGCUAUCAAGCAUCAGACAGGGAAUUCUUUAAAGGUGACGAGAAGGUGCGUCUUUACAGAGGUCUGCCUUCAUACGAAGUACUCUUGGUGAUAUUUGAACAUGUUGCUCCUGAUGUCACUCGCUGUACUCAAUCAUUAGACAGAUUUCAAGAAUUUGUGCUGGUUUUGAUGAAACUUCGGUUAAAUGUGCCACUUCAGCACUUGGCUUACCGAUUUAACAUAUCUUUGACCACAGCCUCUAGAAUUUUUUCAUCUUGGAUGGUGGUGCUGGAUGCCAAGUUGUCUACUCUUGUUUUUUGGCCCGAAAGAGAACAGUUACGGAACACAAUGCCACUUUGUUUUCAGUAUGCUUUCAGAAAGAAAGUCACUGUGGUAAUCGAUUGUUUUGAGCUGUUUAUUGAAUGUCCAUCAAACUUACUUGCAAGGGCCCAAACAUUCUCCUCAUAUAAGCACCACAACACUAUAAAAAUACUCAUUGGUAUUUCCCUCAAGGAAGCAUAUGUUUUGUGUCAGAAGUGUGGGAAGGCCGCACUUCUGAUAAGUAUUUGACCGAAAAUUGUGGAUUUUUGGAACAUUUAUUACCUGGGGACAUGGUAAUGGUGGACAGAGGAUUCACCAUUGCAGAGAGUGUCGGCUUAAAACAAGCAAAGUUGGUGAUUCCAGCAUUCACGAAAAGGAAAAUCCCAGCUCGGCCCUGUGGAUGUGGAAAAACAAGGGAAUUGCAAAUGUGCGUAUCCAUGUGGAGCGAGUGAUCGGAUUGUUCUGACGCAAGUACACUAUUUUAGAAGGAACACUACCAACUGAUUUCCUUAAUGCUGCAAAUGGAGAGGUUCCAAUGAUUGACCGUAUUCUGAGGGUUUGUGCUGUACCAGUGAAUUUAUGCCCUCCUAUAAUACCAUUUGACUAGUGGUUUAUUUGAUGCUAUUAAUUGCAAAGUGAUUCUCAGUUGAGUGAUUGUCAGUUCAUUCAACUUUGAUCUUAAAAUUUAAGGGGUACACAGAAUCCAAGUUACCAUAUUGGUUCGAUUAAGCGCCUCGAAAAAGCGCCCACUCUAAUGGUCCAAAAAUUUUAUGUGCCCUAA